AUGGUGAAGGAUGACGAUGAGACCCCGGACUUGUUGGCCAAAUACGCCAUAACUAAGCUGGCUGAGCAAUGGAACUUGGCACCAGAGGUGUGCAGUACGCUAGACAUGCUGAAAAUACGAUCGUUUUUCCCCGUGCAAGCCGUGGCUAUCCCCAAGAUCCUGGCGAGCGACAGCGACCGCGUGACCGACAUUUGCAUCUCGUCACCGACGGGUAGCGGCAAGACACUAACGUAUGUGGUGCCUAUCAUACAUCGUCUUCUUCCGCGUGUGGUGUGUCGCAUACGUGCACUCAUUGUACUGCCCAGUCGAGAUCUGGCCGUGCAGGUACAUCAGAUUGUGCAGCAGUUUUGCAAGGACACACCACUCAAGUGUGGACUGGCCAUUGGUCAAAACAAUUUUACAAUGGAACAGAAUGCUUUGGUGGGGGAUGUUUCAGGUGCUAUGGUGUCUAUAAAGACACAUGGAGGACACAGCUUGGUGGACAUUGUGGUUGCUACACCAGGACGACUCGUGGAUCAUCUGGAACAGACGCCAGGCUUUACAUUGCAGCACCUGCAGAUUAUGAUUGUCGAUGAAGCGGAUCGACUUUUGAAUCAGUCGUACCAGGACUGGAUCACCAAGGUCUACGCCAGUGUCUUUAAUGGCCAAGAGAUGGACGAUGAAGGACAAGAUGUAGAAGUGGGUGUCACUUGUCGGCGUCAGGACUCCAUAAACAGACGUCGUAUCCGCACGCCGCUCACCAGAGUGCUACUGUCUGCUACACUUACGCGCAACCCACGUAAAUUAGCAGCCAUCGGUAUGAGCAAUGCGGAGCUGACCAGGAUUGGACGGAUGGAUGACCCGCUGGCUGACAAUCCCAAGCAAGGCAUUGCUAGCGACUCGAAUGAUGAGGUAGAAGAAGGUGACGAAGCUUCGAGCUCGACGAAAAUGUACUCGACGCCAACGAAUCUGGAUGAGUACUGGAUCGAGUGUGACACUGGAUCGAAGCCGUUGGUGCUGUUGGAGCUACUUAGCGAGUUUGAUGGCUCGUUGUCGAUCGUCUUCACGGCGAGUGUAAACUCCACGCAUCGUCUAGCACGAUUACUUCAAUUGUACUCUACCCACUCCGAGCGUAUUCGUGAGUUCUCGAGUGGUCUAUCGCAAAAACAGAGAUCGGCCUUGGUGGCGGAUUGUAAGGCUGGACGCGUGGAGACUGUCGUGUGUUCAGACGCAAUGGCGCGCGGUAUGGAUAUCGAGGAUGUCGCGAACGUUGUCAACUACGAUGUGCCCUCGUUUAUUAAAACGUACAUUCAUCGUGUUGGUCGUACGGCUCGUGCUGGCCGUCAUGGUCGCUGUGUGACCCUCGUUAAGAUGGGUCAGACGAAGGGCAUGAUGCGCAUGCUUAAGAAGUCAGACAGCAACAAACUUAAACCGUACCAACUCCAGCAAGACCAUAUGAAGACAUUGGUGCCCCGUUACACCAAAGCCCUUCAGCAACUCAAAGACACACUCGAAGCGGAGAAAGCGGGUAAGCUUCAGGCUACCUCUAUUCUUUGUAAAAAGAAGGGCUCUGCAAGCGAAGGUAAGAAGGAAAACGACACCAUAGAGGAUGCUAGUUUGCAGGAGAAAGUCACUAGCGCGGACAAAAAGCGUGCAUUCUCAGUUUUGAACGGCCAGCUUGAACGGAAUUUACGAUACAGAAAAUUUCGUAAGCAAUGA